AUGACCACUGUGUCUGGCUCAACAGAGACUCAGGCUGACGUCUGGACAGAGGUGGCUGACAUAAAGCGGCUGAAUAACCUCAUACAGAAACAAGACUUGAUCAAGAUCCCGGUGCAGAAACACAGCUUUCUCACUGAGGUGCCCCCACUCAGGAUGCCACCCUCACCUGAUGCCCUCCCACCCUCACCUGAUGCCCUCCCAGCCUCACCUGAGGAGGGCUCUCCCACAGCGCCCACACAUGUCCGGGAGCUCGCACACUUCCUCAUGGAGCUGGACAAUGACAUGGAGAGACUGAUCCAGAGCACUGAGCAGGAGGACGAGGAGCUGCUGGAGGUGUGGGACAGGCGGGAGCACAGGAGACAGAGGAGUCAGGGGGUCAAAGGUCAAGGCGCAGACUGGGGCAUCAACUGUUGGAAUGCCGUUAUCGCCAUGUUGCUCGUAGGCAUCGUACUACUGCUCUUCUACAUCAUCUACUUUAAAACUAGGCCCUCGGAGGGUGGUCCUGCAGUGCACCCUCUGGUCACUAAUAGCUCAGGGCCAGCAGGGGGCUCUCAGGGGCCAGUUCAGGAGCCAGGCUAAUGUACCAUCAGUGUGUGAGAGACGGCCCCCAAAUGUGAGCUCAUGAGGGGACAGUUA